AGCGUAGCUCCCCGAGAAGCCAAACAGAGCCGAAGGCAUUUCACUCUACCUUAACUUAAACCCUAAUAAUACCAUCUGGUUUCUUUUCCCUCUUUCAAACGCAGCUUCAAUUAACCGCGCCGGCGCCAUUGCCAAGUAGACCAAAAGCGAAAGCAACUACCAUAAACAAUGGCGGACAAGGCGGUGACUAUUCGGACAAGGAAGUUCAUGACCAACAGGCUCCUUUCCAGGAAGCAAUUCGUCAUUGAUGUUCUGCAUCCUGGGAGGCCCAAUGUUUCGAAGGCCGAGCUUAAAGAUAAAUUGUCAAGGAUGUACGAGGUGAAAGACUCGAAUUCCAUAUUUGUAUUCAAGUUCCGUACUCAUUUUGGAGGUGGGAAGUCAACUGGGUUCGGGCUGAUUUAUGAUUCAGUUGAGAAUGCAAAGAAGUAUGAGCCCAAGUACAGGCUUAUAAGGAAUGGACUAGAUACCAAGGUGGAAAAGUCAAGGAAGCAGUUAAAGGAAAGGAAAAACAGGGCCAAGAAAAUCCGAGGUGUAAAAAAGACUAAGGCUGGUGAUGCUGCCAAGGGCGGAAAGAAGAAGUGAGAUUAUUCAGAUUACGCCUUGCAUAUGCAGUAAUGCAAUAGCUGGAUCCCAGAGGAUGUUUAUUCUUUUUAUUCUGCUAGCUAUAAUUUUAAGCAUUUGGCUUCAUUUUUGAGACGUAAUAUGCUCCGAUUAUAGAACUCCGAAAUCUGUUUACUUAUGCUGUGAGAAUCUGAUUUAUCAGGAAAAAUAAAAAAAAGGAUUGUGAGAA